AUUGGGUCAGGAGGACUAUGUGAGAGGGGGGUGAGUUCUUUCAUCUCAAGAGUCCGGCCACUCAGCAGAUUGGAAGCUACAGAUGGACGCUGCCCCUGAGGCAGAAAAACCGCAGUAUCAGUUCUUCUAUGAGAAAGCCUUGAAGAGGGAGGAGGAAGAGAAAGAGAGAGAGAGAAGGGAUAAGGUGCAGGCCCACGAGGCCGUCCUUAGCACCGUGUCCGCUCUGACUGAUGAGGAGGUAGGGGAGAAAACGGUUCCCCUCCUCAGAGCCUUAGCAGGGGUCCGGGUUGUUGAGGACCAUACUGGCCAGCUCGCACAGUUGUUUAAGCAGCUCAAGAAGUUGCGCGAAGACAUGGCCAAGAUGGCGCAGCAGCACCGCGAUCAGCUACAACAGUUUGCUAGUUCGCAGCAGGCUCAAAUCGUCUCUUCACUCACCUACCCUGCCUCCAAUGUUGCGUGUCAGUCCAGUUUUGCCCCUCUGAAUACGUCUACUUCUUCUCCUUCUACUUCUUUUUCUUCUUUGAGUGUGGUUAUCAGCCAAAGCGGAUCUGCAGCAAGUCCAGACCCUGCUGCUGCUGCUGCUGCAGCGGCAAGUGGUGGUGCAUGGACUUCUGGAACUGUUGCAGCCCCGGGCCCGGACCCAGCAAUGGCUGGGCCAGGCAACAGCUUUGCUUACCUCGACAGGAAGGCGACACAAAUUCCGUCGAAAUAUGACGGAAAAGACGAUGUCGAGUCAUGGAUCAGCACCAUGCGGUCCUACUUUGAUGUGUUGGGGACACCCCCAGUCACUCAAUCGUCGGUUCUUGGGACCGAUGUGGAACCCGCCGUGAGAGAAUUCCUAGAAAUCCAAGCUAUACAAGCAGGCUAUAAACGUAUAGACCUGAACAAGUGGCUGAAGGCCACGCCUGUAGCCACACUUAAGGAUCUCUUGAUUCAACAGUAUGCCGAUCCACAUGCUGCAGCAAAAGCAAGACUUAAGCUUGAUAAACUCAAGCACAGCAAGUGGACUGGCACCAUGCAAAGCCUGCAGCAGUAUGUCAGUAAGCUCUUUGCGACUCCUAAUUUGGAAAUGACUGCACAAUCUUGCUUGGAUGUGAUAAAAGCAACAGUCCCCUCUGCUGAAAUCCGUCGCCUGGGCCUCAGACUCGCGGAAUAUACAGAUUGGUUUUCCCUCAUGCGGGAUUUAGUCAAGUUGGAGGCACAAGACCUCCCGGGUGGAUCAAGUGGCAAAAGAGCCCUUGGCCGCAAACGGUUUUCUGGCAGCAACCGUUUGGUAGCACACGAUCUGUUAGAGGAUGAAGAGGAGAUCUUCGCAGACAACCCUUCUCUUGAUGACGAUCAAGAGCAAGGCUGUGAGGCAUCAUGCUCUGCGUCAGCCCACGAGUCUGAGUUGACCCAAUGUGAAAGAACCACGUGGAAGGACUCACAAUUCAUGGUCAAAGAUGCCAUGGGAAUCGAGCGUCCAGUCCUCUUGGAUGAGCCACGCGAGUCCCAAGUGACCUUUCUCAAUGCAAUGCAAUUCUGCAAAAAGUGGCGCUGGCGCAAAACAGAUGAGCAAAUGUAUAUAGCCUUUGUUAGGCCUGCUCAUGUGCCUUCUAUUUUUGCUGUACAUAAUGAUUCUACCUUGCAUGCUGUGUCCACCUCGGAUGCAACUACUUCUACCUCUACUAAGUCUAUCUCUAGUCCAAAUGGCUCUACUUCUAAUCCUGUUGUUUUGGCUGCACCUGUACAAACUGACAUGCUUGCUCCUGAGAGUGAUGAUCCCCCUCCGGAAAUCGCACCGGACAUUCGCAACCUUCUCAACCGAUUUCCUUACGUCUUGGCCGAACCGCAUGGCGUCUCCGUGCAUCCGGUCCGAUACAGGAUCGAAUUGAUUGAAGGUAGCACUCCUCCAAAGGGUUAUGUCUAUCGAAUGGGCCCAGACGAAUUGGAGGAGUUGCGAAGGCAGAUUGAUGAAAUGAUUGGGAAGGGAUGGAUCAAGCCGAGUGAGUCGGAGUUUGGUGCAACGAUUCUGUUUGUCCCUAAGAAAGGAGGUAAGUUGCGGAUGUGUAUUGAUUACUGCGGGUUGAACCGGAUCACAAGAAAGAAUGCCUAUCCUUUGCCACGCAUUGAUGAUUUGCUUGAUGUUGCAGGUGGGUGUAAAGUCUUCAGCAAGAUUGAUCUCAAAUCUGGCUACCACCAGAUUGAAGUCGAUCCUACAAACCAACACAAAACCGCAUUCAAAACUCGCGAUGGGCUGUACGAGUUUACCGUCAUGCCCUUCGGCCUCACGAAUGCGCCAACCACCUUUCAAAGUCUCAUGGACAAAGUGUUCCGCCAUCAGAUUAACCAGUUUGUUGUUGUUUAUCUGGAUGACAUACUAAUCUUCGGCAAAUCGAUGGAGGAGCAUAUGAGACACCUUGAGGAAGUGAUGCAAAUCCUCAAGGACACGCAACUCCAUCUCAACUUGGAGAAAUCUGAGUUUGGAAGGGACAACGUCAUCUACCUUGGACAUCGGUUGUUUGCUGCAGGCCUAGAGCCCGAGGCAACCAAGGUUGAGGUCAUCCAAAAGUGGCCCAAACCUGCGAAUGCCCACGAGUUGCGUUCUUUUCUUGGUCUUGCGUCGUACUACCGUAAGUUUGUGCCAAAAUUCUCUAUCAUCGCCCGUCCGCUGUCUAGACUAGCAAGCAAAAAUGUGUCCUACGCAUGGAAUGAAGAAUGCACAAUAACCUUUGAAGCGUUGAAAGUGGUUUUGCGCAUCAAACCGUCUCGGCAGAAGCCCUAUGGGCUGCUGCACCCUCUUCCUAUCCCUGAUGGUCCGGGUGAGUCUGUUUCCAUUCACUUCACGGACAUGGGGAAGAAGAGCAGAAACGGUUAUUCACAAGUGAUGGUGAUCAUUGAUCGGUUUUCGAAAUUUCUGAAUCUGAUUCCCUUGCCACCUCACGCCCCAACUGACCUUGUUAUCGAUGAGUUCAACAAAAGGUACGUGCUACAUUAUGACCCCCCGAAAACUCUUGUGAGUGAUCGGGACACCAGGUUCAUAAGCGCAGACUGGAAAGAUUUCACCUCCCAGACCUACGAUAUGAAACUCAAGAUGACGUCUGGGCGACACCCCGAAGCCAAUGGACUGGUGGAGGAAAUCAACCAGACCGUGAUCCAGCUUCUCAGGGCUCUAAUUGUACCUGAUCAGAACUCUUGGGAUGAGGAGUUGCCGAUUGUGCAGGGGUUGUACAACAACUCCAUCCACUCCUCCACCGGGAUGACGCCUAACCGGCUGCAUCUUGGAUGGAAAAUCCGCAAUCCUGUAUCUUAUCUAUUCCCUGAUCAGCCACAUGGCCUAACAGCUGGCCAGCCAGGCUACACCGCCAAGUUCGAUCGCCUACUCAAAGUUGUUGUCGCAGCUAUGGACAGGCGACGCAGUGCCAUGAUUAAACAUGCUAACAAAAAGCGCCAGCCUGCACCAUUCACAGUGGGAAGUUACGUCUGGGUCAAAAUGUCUGAGUUUUCUGAAGAAGAAGGUGUAUCACGAAAGCUUCUUCCUCAGUACUACGGUCCGUGGCAGGUCUUGAACCAGGUAGGGAGUGAUUCCUUCGGUCCUUCCUACACGAUUGAUGUGCCUGCACAUUUGCGCACAUACCCAGUCUUUCAUGCAUCAAAAUUGUUCCCGUAUGAACCACCUGAAACGUUGAAGUACCGAGAGUCAAUGAUUCCCGGCGCAAUCAAUGGCGGUUAUGAGGUUGAUAGGAUUGUCAAACACAGUGGGAAGGGGAGAAAUAGACAGUAUAAAGUUCAUUUUCUGUACCAUCCGUUGGACGAUUUCUAUUGGAUUGCUAGGAAAGACUUACUGCAGAGUGCACUGCGUGUCGUUAAUGCCUACAAACGAUUGAUAAAUGCUGAACAGCAACCAAAUUUCACUGCUACUCUGACUCCUACGGAACACGCCCGAUCUCUCUUUGCUAUCUACACCUAUGAUGCACUAUGCAAGGACUCUGAUUGAGUUACUCGCUUGAAGGGACCUCGCUCUUGAGGGGGGGGUAGUGUAAUGACCCGUCAAACACAGACUG